CCUUUUGUAACUUUCCUUCUUCAUGGUUUCAGAUAGCCUUUAUGAGAAAGGAUGGAGCUGGGAAACGGAAAACUCCUCAGGACUGGACUGAACUCACUGAGUCAGGCAGUGCACCCAACCCAUGGCCUGGCCUGGACUGAUGGCAGUCGGGUAGUUCUGACUGAUUUACAGCUUCGUAAUGGAGAGGCCAAGUUUGGGGACUCCCAAGUCAUUGGGAAAUUUGAAUAUGUCUGUGGGGUUUCCUGGGCCCCACUCAGUACAGCUCACAUACCCACUCUGCUUGCCAUCCAGCACAAGAAGCAUGUUGCUGUGUGGCAAUUAUGUCCCAGCAUUUCAGGAUCGAGCAAAUGGCUGCUGUCUCAGACCUCUGAAAUCAGAGAGUCACUCCCUAUCCUGCCUCAGGGCUGCGUGUGGCACCCAAAAGAUGCUGUCCUGACUGUGUUAACGGCACAGGGUGCUUCUGUUUUUCCUAAUGUUCACCGAGACAGUUCCAGAGUAAAAGUGGACAUCAGCACCAAGGGCCGAAUUUAUUGUGCAUGUUGGACCCUGGAUGGCCAGAGGCUGGUGGUGGGUAUAGACAGCAGCCUUCAUUCAUAUAUGUGGGACAGUUCUCAGAAGUCUCUUCUCAGCUGCUCCUCCUGUCCAGUGUUUCAUGUGAACCGCUCCAUCCGGUCCAUCAUAGCCACUGUGGACUCACAGGUCGCUAUAGCCACCGAGCUCCCACUCCAUAAGCUUUGCAGCUUAAAUGCGUCAGAAGCCUUUGAUGGUCUACCUGACGGGAACAAUGCUAGUGUAGGAACUCUUCCUAGGGGUGAAAUGCUCCCUGGGGAACUGAAUUCUGGAGUGACAGUUUCUCCCUCUUCAGAUCCUCUGGAUCUGACUCACAUACAUUUCAACCAAUGUUCAGCCGGGGAGGGCUCUCUUAUGUGUGUAAGUAAAAAGGACUGCUUGACAGGAACUGGCCAGGAUUCUUCACAUUUGGUCCUGGUAACCUUUAAGAAAGCAAUUACCAUGACAAAAAAGGUUGCCAUUCCAGGCAUUCUGGUUCCUGAUUUGAUAGCAUUUAACUUGAAAGCACAGCUAGUGGCUGUGGCUUCCAAUACCUGUAACGUUAUUCUGAUCUAUUCAGUCAUUCCAUCUUCUAUGCCAAACAUUCAGCAAAUUCAGUUAGAGAGUAAUGAAAGACCAAAAGGCAUAUGUUUCUUGACAGACAGAUUAUUAUUAAUUUCCGUAGGGAAACCAAAGCCCACUGAGACAGCAUUUCUUCCUUCCUCAGAGUCUGAUCAGUACACCGUUCGCCUGGUAGUUAGAGAAAUAACGUUGGCUAGAGAAGCUUCUGGAAUGCCUGCUGAAAGUCAUGGUGCUUACUCUGCCUUCAACACCCUAUUGAAUAAAGCAGACAGAGAAAAGUUCCUUGAGAGCCUUUCCCCCAGGUUGAGUCCCCUGAGCCAAGGACUCUUACUUACAGAUAAUGCCAAUACUCAAAGUGAGAGCUCUGAAAGAGCCCUUAUUCAAGAGAUUAAAAGUCCCUCACCCCCUCCAUCCAGUGCCUCCAUUGUACAGGAAACCCCUCAGAGGCCCACCUGGCUUUGGCCAGCAUUGCCUAGACCCAGUGGGACAACAGACCACACCAGCACCCCUGAACCGAAUUUACCUCAAAGGGAGAACUUCCAACAAGAAAAGGAAACUUGCCCGCCCUCCAGGGAGCUGGACAUCUUAUCUAGGCACCUGAUUGGGAUGCAGCAGUGUCUUCUUGAACUCAGGGAUUUUCUACACAAGGAGAAGCCGUUCUCUCCAGCAUACCCCCUCUCUCAGGAUCCUCCCUGUGUUCACCUUAUUUACCAGAAACCUCCUUCUGUAGGUCCUGCAGAAAAAAGAACCGUGCUUCUCUGUGAUGGUAAACUAAGGCUCAGCACAGUUCAGCAGAUGUUUGGCCUCUACCUCGUCGAAAUGCUUCACGCUUCCCAUUGGAUACUCCUCUCUGCAGACAGCCAAGGUUUCAUCCCAUUAACUUUCACAGCCUCUCAGACGGUGGUAGUAAGAGAUGGCAGCCUACCUAAACCAGAGGUGGCUAGGGACUCUCUUUCUUACAGUCGGAAUCCCAUUCCUCCACCUGGAGUCUUUGGAGACCUUGCCAACCAGAGUGUAGAUACAGCUGGCUGUUUCAACAGUGUGACCUGAUGGCUGUUUUGCAGAGCUUCCCUGCGGGCUGUAUGCUGAUGGACAACAGGGCAAGUGGUUGCUUAUGUAUUUAUGACUGUGACUCGUGGAGGAUAGAAUUUCAAGAACAAAACAAUACUGUGUUGCCAUAUGGAUUAUACUUUGUGAUUUCUCCAAGGCCUUGCUUUCUGUAGCCCUGAGCUGUGUUAAGGCUGCCUUGGAGUACACCACAGGCUACACUGGCAUAGUGGUUGGUCGUUUUCUUGCUUUGAAGAUGCGGGUGAGAACUGCGGGGUCUUUUCCCCAGGCAGCAGGAAACCAGUGCAAAGGAACUCAGAGACCCCACUUCACCCUCAGAUUGCCUAGAUGAGGAAGGAGUUCAGAGGAUAGCCUCUCUCCCCAGACUUAAAACCAACCCUUGUGAUUCCGUAAACAAUUCUACCAUACCGAGAUCCAGAUACUACUAAAAAAACACUCUUGGAAAAUUUUAAAUAAAACUUCAAGAUUUGACCCUCUCUGGUCUCUGUCCACCUGGUGAGACCCACGUCUUGUUUUCUGGCCUUCGCCACUCAUGAAUGUUUUUUCCUUGAGAUGUGUUGAUUUAUUUUUCAGUUUGAGGAUCACAGAAAUUUCCCAUUUUCCCUCCCAGUAAU